AUGCGGGAGCUAGAUCCUCUAAUCUCAGAAUACCGUCAUGAAAAGAAACGGCCCCGAGAAGCAGAGGCCCUCUUGAUCCUGCGCAAAGUCGCAUCGUUGGUUAAACCAAUCAUGCGACAGCGCGCCUGGAGAGUGGGCGCGCUUUGUGAGUUCUAUCCGCAGCAGCGAAACCUGUUGGGUUUGAAUGUCAACUCGGGCCAGAAGAUUUGUUUAAGGUUGCGGUAUUCCUCCGACCAACGGCAAUUUCUCCCCAUUGAGGAGAUCUUGGAUACUAUGCUUCAUGAACUCGCCCAUAAUGUGAUUGGUCCUCACAACCAGCAAUUUCAUGCACUGUGGAAUCAACUUCGUGAUGAGCAUGAGGAGCUAGCCCGAAAAGGCUAUACCGGAGAGGGCUUUUUAUCUCAAGGAAAGCGUCUGGGUGGCCAAAGAAUUCCGCUGGAUGAAGCUCGACGUCAGGCUCGUGCUGCUGCCGAGCAGCGAAGGAUCCUUGCCAAAAAUGCUGGCAAAAAGCUUGGCGGGACCCGCGUACUCCGAGGAACGGAUAUACGGAAACUAAGGGCUGACGCUGCUCAGCGACGUAUUGAAGUGACUCGGGGUUGUGCUUCUGGCACAGACCGAAGCACUGAACUCGCGGAAGAGGCCUCGCAUGGGUUCAGAACCCAGGCCGAGGAAGACGACGCAAACGAGCGAGCUAUCAUGGAGGCCUUUAUCGAACUGAUACAGGAAGAAGAAAGGGAGAAAUACGAGUCUUUGUAUGUCCCGCCAAGUCAAGAAAACCCAGCCGGCCCUCGGACGAAGUCAUCACCACCUCCCACUGCUUCCGAUAUCACGCCUGCUAUCUCUGAAGCUCUGCCCACGCUUCCAAACGAAGCCCAGCCAUCGAAACACGAUGAAAUUGUUGAUCUUACAGCCGAUAACAGCUCAUACGAGACACCCUGGAUCUGCCCAAUGUGCACGCUCGAGAACCCGUCUACCUUCCUAUGUUGUGAUGUUUGUGCAGCAGAACGACCGCCUCCGACUAAUACGCUAUCUAAACCCACUUCUGGUCGGCAUUCGAACCCACCAGAGCGUUUGGAGUCUGGUAACUCGAAGAAAAGGCCUUUGACUUUUGAUCGAAAGGAAGGGAAUAAAGCAAAUCCGGGGGAUGCAUUUCUUUUCAGGAACCGAACCCGUGCACUCGAUACCAUCAAGUCCCUGGACCGAAGCGCAGAUAAGAAACCUCUUGGGUGGGUUUGCAUCUCGUGCAGUAGCUUCAUGGAAACCCAGUGGUGGACAUGCUCUUGCUGUGGGACCAUGAAGCCGUCCUCUUGA